AUUGCGACACCUUUGAAUUCUGAUGCCCAAAGUGAUCCGAUUCAUCACCUACCUACCAUUGCGAAAGCGCCGGUCCCUGUCAAUCGUCUUCACCCUUUAAUUCGUGCACAUUUUCCUGAUGGAAAGCAAUCGUAUUCGCCUGGAAUUUGCUAGCUAAUCCAGUAGUGUAGAGUUGCUGUGUUGGGCUUGGGCAAGAACAAGCAGCCUGUGAAAUUGCAGUGACAAGUGCAAUGGCGACGCCCGCGCUGGUGCUCCUGCCGGAGUGGGGCUCCGGCCACCUCAUGCCCAUGCUCGAGUGCUGCAGGCGCGUCCUCCUCCACGGCGGCGGCCGCGCCUUCUCCAUCACCCUGCUCGUCAUGCGCCCGCCCACCUCCGAGGCCACCUCCGAGGUCGAGGCGCACGUCCGCCGCGAGGCCGCCUCGGGCCUCGACAUCCGCUUCCACCGCCUACCCGCCGUGGAGCCCCCCGCGGACGCGGGGGGAGUCGAGGAGUUCAUCGCGCGGUACGUCCAGCUCCACGCACCCCACGUCAGGGACGCUGUCGCGGGCAUGGCGUGCCCCAUCGCCGCGCUCGUGCUGGACAUGUUUGCCGCGCCCAUGGUCGACGUGGCGCGCGACCUCGGGGUGCCCUCCUACGUGUUCAUGUCGUCCACCGGCGCCAUGCUCGCGCUCAUGCUGCACCUGCCCGUGCUCCACGAGGUGGUCACGGUGGAAUUCGAUGAGGUGGAGGGGGAGGUCCACGUCCCCGGCUUGCCGCCGGUGCCGCCGGCGUCCAUGCCGAGCCCGGUGGUGGACAAGAAAAGCCCCAACUACACGUGGUUCAUGCGCCUCGGCGACCGCUUCAUGGACGCCACGGGAAUCAUCGCCAACACCGCGGACGAGCUCGAGCCGGGGCCCCUCGCGGCCGUCGCCGAGGGCCGGUGCGUUCCCGGGCGCCCCGCGCCGCCGGUGUACCCGAUCGGUCCCGUGCUAUCACUCGGCGACAGCAACGCCAAGAAAGAUCCCCACGAGCUGUCGCACGAGUGCAUCGCGUGGCUCGAUUCCCAGCCGCCGGCGUCUGUGGUGUUCCUCUGCUUCGGGAGCAUGGGCUGGUUUGAGCCGCCGCAGGUAGUGGAGAUCACCGCCGCGCUUGAGCGGUGCGGCCACCGCUUCCUGUGGGUCCUGCGGGGCCCGCCCGCGACCGAGUCGGGCGCCGGCGCGCCGGACGGAUCGGAAUACCCGACGGACGCGAACCUAGACAAGCUGCUCCCCGAGGGGUUCUUGGACAGGACGCAGGGGAAAGGGUUUGUGUGGCCGAAGUGGGCGCCGCAGAAGGAGAUACUCGCGCACCCCGCCGUGGGCGGCUUCGUGACGCAUGGCGGCUGGAACUCGGUGCUGGAGAGCCUGUGGCACGGCGUGCCGAUGGCGCCGUGGCCGCUGUACGCAGAGCAGCACCUGAACGCCUUCGAGCUCGUGGCCGACAUGGGCGUGGCCGUGCCGUUGAAGGUGGACAGGAAGCGGGACAACUUCGUGGAGGAGGCGGAGCUGGAGCGAGCGGUGCGGUCCCUGAUGGGCAGCGGCGAGGAGGGGAGUGUGAGGGAGAAGGCGAGGGAGAUGAAGGCCGUGUGCAGGAAAGCCGUGGAGGUGGGCGGCUCGUCGUACGCCGCGAUGCAGAAGCUCUCCGCUGCGCUCCACGAUGGCGCAGCGCUCCCGAAGAAGUGAAGCCCAGCACCACCAGCUUAUCCGUACACGCGACGUUUUGAUAGUGUGAUCAUGAUCCAUGAAUGGAUCAUAAAAACUUGGGUGUUUGUGUUCACAAUUUUAUCGGUUGGUUGCAGAAUUGCUGCUUCAAUCUCGUGCUUGGGUUAAAAGCUGGUUCCUUUCCCUUCUCUACCCUAGUUCCAAAUUCAUCUGGCUGUAAUGCUGGCUGUUGUGUUAGCAGUGUCAGCGUGUUAUAUGGAGUUUGCAUAAACUAAGGCACCGGUAGUGACUGUAUCAUGGAGAGAUAUGGACAUGGUUGCGGUGACCAGUUUCUUCCA